AUGGCCUCUGCUUCCUACACGCUCAGAUGUGUGGGUUUGCUUUUGCGGAUCCAUGCUGCAACGUCCUUCCAUAUUCCUGCUCAGGAACAAGUAGCGCUGGAUAAGCUGACGCGGACAAGCUGGCGCCCGUUCCAAUCCGUAUUGAUUGUGGGAUCUUCCGUUGAUAGGAACGCAAUUUCGAGCAAUUACCCGGGCGAGACCUUCACUUUCAAGCAAGAGAAGGUGCAGCACAAUGUCGUGCUCGACCAGGCCCGCAACGUCAGCAUCGCGGUCUUGUGUCAUCCUGGCGUGGGCCUCAACGGCGAUUUGGAUGCGCCAUUCUGGAACCCCAGCGUGACGCAUGAAAUGCCGCAGGCACAUAGUAAUGGACCGGCUGGGCGGAUACCGAAGAACACCCUACCCGACCAUGGGGGCAACAAUGGGGCACAUUGGAAAUAUGAGCCCACAUGGAAGAUCAUCGAGGACGCACCGAACUUCGGUCACAUCACUUUCGGGCCACAGCCACCAGACCUGGUUGUGGUCGAGAGUUCGCUGUGGGAUUUGGCAAGUUGGUGGCAGCUCACGGGCCAUCAAGCCACGCCCGAGCGACUAGAACAAUGGUGCAACAAGGAUGUGCCAUAUUUGCUGAAGAAAGUGACGGAUGCCUUUCCUAAGAGCCAGGUCGUCUUCCGGACCGCGCCGCAGGUUGCUCCAGAGAACAAGGGCGCCGAGAGGUGGACUCACGCGAACUUCGAGACGAUGCACGAUUGCGUCAUGCGGAGGUCGGCCGGCACGGGCAAGGUAUUCGAACACGUCGGUGUGAUCGAUUACCACGGAAUCAUGGACAAACUCAUAUCGAGCACGUCCGACGAGAAGCUCCGCCGAGAUCUCUGGCUCGAAGACGGCUAUCACCCAAGCGACGUGCCCGGGCGCCUCUACUUGAACGAGAUCUUCAAGCUCCUCGGAGCGGAGCCACUGCACGCUCCGCCGCAGGCCCGUGCUAAACUCCCCGUGGAGGACGAGUACGAUCUCUAG